UGUGCAGGUGGAACAGAGAGAGAAACCAGUGGGCGGAGUUACAAUCUCAACAACCGAAACCGCUUGUCGGGUCCUUCAGUUUGAUUGCUCGAUAACACUCGGGGAUUCACACGGCGCAAGCAUGGCCACCGAGUUCACGCAGGAAUCCGUGCUGCGCUUUAUCAUCAGCAAUGGCGGGAAGGUGCGAAACGCGGACUUACUAACGCACUACAGACGCUUUUUGCGGGAGGACGAGGAGAAAGAGCAGAACCGGGAGUUAUUCAAGAGGUAUGUGAACUCCGUGGCGAUUGUGAGGCAGGAGGAGGGGGUGUCUCAUGUUGUGCUAAAGAAGAAAUACCGUGCGCUUGUAGGAGACGUCCCUAAGAACCGAGAGCCCGAGCGGCAGAAAGAACGAGAGACUAAACAAACGGUGAGCGGGAAAACACAAGCGGCUUUAACCAUUCCAACUCAGGUUGAAAUCUUGCCAGUUGCUGGUAUUCUCACCAACAAUAACAACAACAACAACGACUCAACUCCCAGUUUUGAGAAAGCUGUCAGAACUUCUUCACCACAUGGGAAGGAACAACCUGCAUUUGCUACUUCCCGUGAGGAACAGGUUAACAACACUUGCCCUUUGAAACCAACCCCAUCUGACACUGACAGUCGCUCGAGUGGGAGCGGCCAGAGCUUUGAACAGCCACGGGAGUUAAAAGCAACCAGGGAUCUGGAACACAGCGGUGUUUACGUUGCCAAACAGAGACAAUUAAGGGAAGCAGAUGGUUGCGAGCAGUCCUUCGUCAAUCCUGCGCACUGCCCUUACUUUGAGGUUACAGUGUCGCCUGCGAUUGAAAGGAAAAGCCCGGACGUUUACACCAAACACUCUGACGAAUGGCCUUUGCGCUCGACCCUCGGACAGUCUCACAUAUACAAGUCUUCGCCUUGUCUGCUUGACCGCCCUGUUUCUCCACACAUCCACUCCCAGGUGUAUCUCCAACCUGGCUUAAGUCGAAGCAAUGAUAGCCUACUACGACCAAACGGAGGGUUUAAUGGAUAUCCCAUUCAGGAGCAGGACGAAUAUGAGCCUCAGAUGCCCGACCUCGAAAUCCGUCGUCCAUCAAGUCUGUCCUCAAGUCGCGACAGCGUCUCAAUCCCGUCUCCUUUAUCUACUCCGCCCGACACCGGUUGGCCCGGCGAUCAGGGACGAGACUUGGACGAUGUACGCACCUUCCUGCGUCGCUCUCAAGAAGCAAAGCUUCUGUCGCAACUCCACCAACCGAGUCGCAACAUCGCAUCCAUGCACCACUCGACGGGUCACCUCGUCGAUGACAACUCGAGAGCAUCUACGCGAAGCAGUUCGCCGGAGACCCAUCGUGGACCCAUCGUCCGCCGCCUGACGUCCCGUCUUCGGAGUCGCAUGUGUCGCAGUCUUGGGGAAGACUUAGAUCAGCCGUUUCCUGAGGACAACAUCUCGGCCCGGUACAACCGUCUCCAGCUGCUGUCCUCGACUCUAAGCAUGGGGAAUUUAGUCUCGCAGCCUUCUAGCCGAGGACAAAGUUCUCGAGAUCUCUCGUCGCCCUCUGGAUCUACGAGAAGCUUGUCGACUCCCGUGCACGAUGGAUCCUUCAACAGCAAGCAUUCGUCCAUCCCUCUUGAUCCUAAAGAACACCACUGGUUUGUCAAAGCAGCAUCAGGCGCGUGGACCGACAUCUACGCUCUCUUCCGAGAAGACCCGAACCUUUUAAACAAGCGAGACUUUAUAUCCGGCUUCACCGUCCUCCACUGGAUCGCUAAGCAUGGUGAUCACCGUGUCCUGAAUACGCUGUGGUACGGUGUUGAAAAAGCUGGGAUGACUUUUGACAUCAACGCUAAGAGCUUGUGCGGCUACACGCCGCUCCACCUGGUGGCCAUUCAUGGCCACAAGAAACUCAUUCGACUACUCGUGCAAAAGUUCAAAGCUGAUGUGCGGAUACGGGACAGCAGCGGAAAGAGACCAUGGCAAUAUCUGAGCAAAGACGAAAACCGGGACAUCUUAGAACUUCUGGGCGCCCCGCAGAAACGCAUUAACGGGAGUCCAGCGAUGCCUGUGAACCUGCCCGUAAGACCUGCGACUACUACUACCAAGGUCAAAAGGAAUACGUCUAUUGCUGCACUGUUCAAACACAAGUCUCACUUGAGGGUCUCAUCUAGUCCAGAAGCCUUUUAGUGACUAGUAAACUCUCACAAUGGUGGCACUUUUUGCUGGUGAAAGCACUUUGUUUUAUAAUUAAAAUAUGGGAACUUGCAUUGAACGGUACCAUGUUUUGUUCUUGGUUUGUAACUCUAUAUAUGUCCAACAUAUGUGUGUUUGUGUGUUUUCUUUGAAUGUCACUUAUAUAUUCUAGUGUUGAGGUCGAUAUUAAAUACCUCUUGUAUUAUGAACCCAUUCACCCAAAAAUUAUUUGCUCACCCUUAUGUUAUUCCAAUCCAUUUUUGCUCCAAUUUUCAAUGGAGUCCAAUGUCCCAGAAUAUAAGAAGAAACGACAUGAGGGUGAGUAAAUGAUGACAUAAUAUUCAUUUUUAAUAAUUUUAUAUGCAACAGUGUUUUGCUUUGUACUGAGACAAACUAGAUUCCCAGUCAUGUUGCUUCAGACUGAGGAUCAUCUGCUCAUAAGUUCCUCAUUUCCUCUGCUGGGACAAAUUUGGUUCAGUGCCUUGUAAUUGUUUUUACCCUUGAGCUCUGCAGGUGUGCCCCCUCCGUACUUAAUCUAGGAAACUAUGUUGUUCAGAAAUAUCCGUAUUUUCAUACUGAGAUGUUGCUUACACAUUGAUGCUCUCCAGCAUUGAAUGCCUUCAUGAUGAAUACCACAGAUAAGCUUCUAACUGGUUUAAGCUGUGUAAUAUUUAACUCACCUUUCCUCCUUAUCUCAAUACGUUGGAUGUGCGAUAAAUUAAAAACGCUCUAAAUUCCAACUCAUUUGGAAGAACAUUAUAGCUGAUGCUGAGGAGAUUCCAAAACAACCCUAACUCAUAAACCUCCCUAAGUGUUGCUUAGGUCAAGUUUUUUUUUCUCUGUUUUUGUUUUUCUCAGAAUCAUUUUAUGGAGUUGAGGUGGGAAUGGAGGUUCUCUGUUGAGUUUCAAGGCUUGGUGAUUUGCAUUUUUGUGUGUAUGUCUGUGUGUUUUUGUCUGAUUUGGGAGAUAGAGAAAAACAUUUGGGAGGAGAGUUGAGUAUGAUCUGACUGGUGGAGUUAGGUGUUUUUUUAUUAUUUUUUUUUCACUCCAUGGAAACAUCACGGCCUGAUCUGUGGGUAUGAAUUGUUGUGUUUGGCGACAUGUUCGGACGUGUCAGGGUGUGUUUGAGUCUGCGUUGAGUCUUGCAUAAUAUUUACACUUUGUGAUGCACAUUUACAUUCCAGGUUUAUUGUAUGAAUAAAAGACAAAGACUUUGACCUUUGUAAAACUGUCUUGACCGUUGAUUCAAUGCUUUAACCUUUAAAUCAGCACUUUUGAUUACAUGUCAUGCAUUUUCUUUUUAGUUUCACAUUAUUUCCCAUAAAGCAUAUUCUGGUUUCAUUCUGCUGUUUAAAUGAUUCAGACUGCUGGCUCAGCCCUGAUAGAGUAGUGCAUAUCACUAUGGUUUAGCCAUUACCCUGAUCUGUGAUCUAGUUACCAUUACAUUGUUUGUUUGGCCGUUUCUUUUCCCUCGCUAGUUUCCUGUUGCAGUAUUCUUUGAAGCGCUGACCAUAUUAUGGGUGGUAUCGAGUGACUUGAUUCUCUCUAACUGGUUCAAGAAUAAAUGUGCAUUGUUUUCCCACACCUUCUGACCAGUUGACCAGUUUCCAUGACUUUCCCAUGCAUUUGUUAUUAAUAGUUUCAGUGAUUAUGCUCACAAACAGCAAUUUCUAGAUGCUAGUGUUACUGGAAACCAUAGAAAAUUUUUCCCAGCCCCUUUUGCUUGGUUGAAUAACUGGUUUAA